AUGUACAAAUUAAUUAGCUUGAUUUUAUGCUAUCUUUUAAUUAUUUUUAACGAUAAUUUUGUUCUAUCGGAUUUCAUACCUGCAUCAAGAUGGGGAGCAAGUGCAAUAUAUUAUAAUAACAAAAUAUAUUAUAGCGGGGGAUAUCUACCACUUUUUCCAGAUAACUGGAGAGGAACUGCACCAUCAAAAGAAUUCUUUUCAUUAGAUGUUCCACCUUCGUUUAGCAUAGAAGAUAGGUCUAAAUUUGUUUGGACAAAUCUUAGUUCACAAUCAACAGCCGUUUACCCAUUUGCAUUUUCAGUACAGAAUCUUGUCGAUGAUAAGAUUAUGAUGUUUGGUGGUGACUUUGAUAAAUAUUUGCCACCAGCUAAUACAACAUUGCUUUGGUUUUAUGAUUUUACAUCAAGCACACCAAGUUGGGUUUUGACCAAUACAACAGGACAACCAAAUGAUUUCAUAAGUGGAUCACUUGUAUAUAAUAAUGAUACUGGAAAUGUAUACGUGUGGGCUGGUAAAUUAUCAAAUCUUAAUACAUUGCUUACAGGAGGAGCACUUCCAGAAGAUUUACCAACAACCAUGAACAUAUUUAAUAAGAAUACCAAUGUAUGGACAUCUCUAAAUCUUACAAACGCACCCGAAGGAAGAUACGAUUUCACAUCUACAUUGUUAAAAUCAGGAAUAAUCGUUUAUAUUGGAGGCCAAUUGACCGAUGCGAAUGGAUUUGCUGAUAUGUCGCAGAUUAUUAUGUAUAACACGACAAACGACACAUGGUUGCCAGCAAUGACCGCAGAAGGAUCUUAUGUUCCUUCGAAUCGUGCACGACACACGUCUGUUCUAACCAAAGACGAUCGUAUUAUUGUAUAUGGAGGCCAUACCGGUACUGACGAACCAGUGCCAGAUUCUCUUGCAGUACUGGACGUCAGUCAAAUUCCAUUCGUGUGGACACAACCAAACAUUGCUAGCAUGUCUCCAGCACCACGAACAUUUCACACAUCUGUUUUAAUAGGAGACUUUAUGAUAGUCGCGUUUGGAAAAAAUGGUAAAUAUAUUGCGUCGGGAAGUGAUGAUCUUUUUAUUUUAGAUGUUAGUGAUCCAUCAGAAUACACAUGGGUAAACACAAUUGCGCCUCAACCGAACAAAACUCAAAAUUUAAUUCAAACUGCAACCGUAACCGUUAAAAGUGGCACAGCAUCAAAUUAUAAUUCAAUCA